AGUGCCGCCUGCCGGUGCCGGGGACUGGUGGUGGAGAGCAGGCUGCAGCAGCGCGUCAGGACCGGACCGUGAACCCGGAGACGGUGCACACCGAGGCGAAGGGACGCACAGGAUGGAGCGGAUGUCCGAGGAGGCGCUGAGGCUCAACCUGCUGAAGCGAGGCCUGGAGUCGCCCAGCGAGCGGGAGGAGGCGCUGGCCAAGCGGCUAAAGAUGGAGGGCCACGAGGCCAUGGAGCGCCUCAAGAUGCUGGCGCUGCUCAAGCGCAAAGACCUGGCCGACCUGGCCGCCCUGGAGGUGGCGGGGGGCCUGGGGGACGGGAAGGGCCCCGGGGCCAGCAGCCUGCACCACCAGAGCCUGAUGGGCGCCGCGUACGAGGAGAAGAUGAACGGCAGCCUGAGGCUGGCCGGCCACGGCGGACACGUGGGACCCAGCAAGAACGGCAAGGAGAACAUCCUGGACGAGCCCGUGGACAUGAGCGCCGGCAGGAGAUGCGAUUCGGACCGCAGCAGACGGACUCCGUCCCCAGACGUCAUCAUCCUGUCGGACAACGAGGCGUCCAGCCCCAGGACGACGCCCCGGCCCGACGAGCGCCUGCACCACGCCAACCUGGACAUGUUCAAGGGGAAGACGGGCGAGGAGCGGCAGCAGAUGAUCAAGGCCCUGAGGGAGGAGCUGCGUCUGGAGGAGGCCCGGCUGGUUCUCCUCAAGAAGCUGCGGCAGAGCCAGAUGCAGAAGGAGAACGUGGUGCAGAAGGUCCCCGUGGUGCAGAAUGCGUCCUCCUCUGUCCAGCCUCCUCCCAUCCACAGCUCUCCGGGUCUCGGGAAGCUUCCUGUGAGACCAGGCCUCCAUAACCCUGAGCCCCAGAACCUCCGCACUGCACAGGGACACACGGUCAUCCGGUCAGCGGCCAACGCCAGCAUGCCCCCCAUGCUGAUGUCCCAGAGAGUCAUCGCCCCCAACCCCGCCCAGCUGGGACAGAGGGUGUCCUCCAAACCCGGAAUGUCUCGCUCCGGCUCCAACAGCAUGGCCAACGCUGUCAGCUACCAGCAGGCCAGCCAGCAGGUGGCGGCGUCGCAGCGCUCUGGCUCCAGUGCCAUGUACAUGAACCUGGCACACAUGCAGGCGGCGGCGGCGGCGGGGGCCGGCGGAGUGGGCGGCGGCCUGGGCGGGGCCUCGGCCGUCAGCCCCUCGGGCCUGUCCGGCUCCGGCGGCGCCGGCGGAGGGGUGGGCUCCAUGGCGGACCAGGCCAGCAGCCAGGCCGCCGCCAAGCUGGCCCUGAGGAAGCAGCUGGAGAAGACCCUGCUGGAGAUCCCGCCGCCCAAACCCCCCGCCCCGCUGCUGCACUUCCUGCCCUCCGCCGCCAACAGCGAGUUCAUCUACAUGGUGGGGCUGGAGGAGGUGGUGCAGAGCGUGCUGGACAGCCAGGGGAAGCUCAGAGGCACGCUGGCCCGGAUGGAGCCCUUCUUCUGCGCCCAGUGCAGAACCGACUUCACCCCCCACUGGAAGCAGGAGAAGAGCGGCCGGAUCCUGUGCGAGCAGUGUAUGACGUCCAAUCAGAAGAAGGCUCUGAAGGCCGAGCACACCAACCGGCUGAAGAACGCCUUCGUCAAGGCUCUGCAGCAGGAGCAGGAGAUCGAACAGAGGCUCCAGCAGCAGGCGGCGCUCUCUCCAAGCCCCGCCUCCACCGGCUCCAACACAUCCAAGACUGACUCAAUGAUCCGGCACCACGCUCUGCGCCAGGCUCCCCAGCCUCAGGCCUCCAUGCAGCGAGGGCUGUCCAACUCCGCCCGCGGCGUCCUGUCCAACUUCGCCCAGGCCUCCCAGCUGUCGGUGGCCAGCAGCCUCAUGGGGAUGACCAGCGCUAAGCACUGCGGCGGCGGCGGCGGCGGCAGCGGCAACAGGCUGCAGCACGACAGCCGCCGGCAGAUCUACAACAUCCCAGGGCUGAACAUUGCCUACCUGAACCCGGCGGCGGUGGGCGCUCAUAAGAGCUCCAGCCUGGCGGACCGCCAGAGAGAGUACCUGUUGGACAUGAUCCCUCCUCGAUCCAUAUCCCAGUCCAUCUCUGGACAGAAAUGAGCCCCCCCCCCCCCCUCCCCCAUCAGCCCCCCUCCCCCCAUGGUGAAGCACUCCCUCAUGGCCCCUCUCGCAUGCAGUGCCUGUCCGUGUGCCUACCUGCCCCCCUCGCCCUCCCCCCCCCCCGGAGACACUCAGUCUGUGGGUCUGUAGUGAACUGUGUCCAUAUCCGACCUGCGCUUCAGUUAUUCUCUUUAGUUUCCUGAGUGUGACCCCCCCCCAUACCCCCCAUACCCCCUCCGGCUCCGACGGGACUCGUGCUCGCCGCCACGUGCCAGCAGGGCGCGCUCUGGUUGCUAUGCAACGUGAAGCCUGAGAACUGGGAAGCUUUGAGAAGUAAGUGGGAGGAGGAGGAGCGAGGCGGGCCGCCCGCAGUAUUACCCCCCCCCCCCCCCCCCCCCCCCGCCGCAUUGCCCCCCCCUGCCCCCCACCGCCCCCCGCCCGCUGCUUCUUCAGUAUGCACAGACUGAACCUUUCUAUCCAGCGGCUCCACGUUGUGCGUCCGAGCCGGAAUCUGCACCGUCAACCCCCCCCCCCCCCUUUUUAUAUUGAUUGUUCUCCGACCCCCCCCCCCCCCUCCCGGUUCUCCUCGGUUCUCCUUGGUUGGGGUUUUCUUUCUUUGCGGCGUCUCCUGCUGAUGGCGGCGUACCUGAGAGGUACCGGCCCGGGAGACGAUAAUAAUCAGUGUAGAGGGUUCUGUAUCGACGCUGGCUUCAGAGAACCCGCUGUGGACCGGACCGCCGACGGCAGAGACACGAUCAAUCACGGCGGUGCACGUUCUGCGCACGUCGCCUCACUCCAGAGGAGCACUUUCAUGUUUCCAAUUGGAAAUUUUGUUUUAUAAAAAGAAAAAAAAAGAAGAAGAAAGGGUGAAAGAGCGCGAGGCCGGAGCCGGGUCUGGAGAGCGUCGGCGCAGAACCGCCGGUUCCCUCUGCCGUCUGUAAAACCCCCAUCUUCUUGUCGUAGUUCCGUUGGACCGAGCGCUCUGGACCCUCCAGAGUCCCCCUAACGUGUCGAGCACUUGUGGACUUUAUGGUUCUGAAACCCGGGAAGACGCCGUGUUUCCUCUGAGAAACACGCUAAAUCGAAGCCCACGUUCCUGACGAAGGUUCUCCAGACGUCCAGACCCGGACCUCCGUCCUCCAAAACUACCUAGAGCCAGACCCAGCGAAUCUCGCGGCAUCCAACAUUGAAAUUGAGCUGAAAUUGGGUGUAAAUUGUGAAUACCCGGGUGGUUUUUUACUGCCUUUUACAAUCUAAUUUAGCAAUAUUUGUCUUUAGUUCUGCAGCCGAGCUGAAUUCUGAAUGAAAAAAGAUCUCCUGUCUCUUUUCCACAGCCUGCGUCUCUGAUUCUGUUCAAGCAUUUUUAGAUUUCAAACGUCUCGACUGAGUUUUUUCUUUCUAUGGCAGUUUUAAAAAAA